GCAAUGACAUGAUCAGCAAAAAUAAACAAAAAUUAUUUUAAAACUAAUUGUCAACAAUCAAAUGGCGGCCGGUCAAAGCAACGAGAAAGAUCAUCAGCAGUAUAAGGACUCAAUAGUAGACGCAGUUUUAAAGGGAAAGGCAUCAAAUGGAUACUUUCCUGAAUUUGUCGAUGAAGAAAGAGCGAGAGCGCAUUCAAUGCUGGAUACGAUAAUCAGGGACAUGAGCACCCAGCUGCAGAUACUUCAGAAUUCAUUGGAACCUCUUCCCGAUUGGUAUGUGCUGCAGGCGAAUGGUGAACAUGCUACGCGAGUGUUGGAUGCCACUUAUAGAUCCGUCGAGCCAGUUCAGCCAGUCGCAGCGGAUAAUCUGAGUUACUCUGAGGCUAGAUCAACCUCGACCUCCAGAUCAGGCUCAAGGCCGAACUCCUGCCAUGGCACCGACUCAGCGCAAAGUAUAGCAGUUGAACUCUUUAGACUGUACCCCGAGUUUGACGUGGAGACGAUCGAGGAUACCAUUGUUGGCAUGAAGAUCGAGGAUUAUGAUGAAGCCAAGAGUAAAGUUAUAAAACAACUGGAAACUUUUCGAAAAGAACAGUACUCAGAGGUGGAGACUACAAGAUACAGUCAGCCGAUAGGUUUUGGACAGAGCUCAUCCGCUGAGUAUGUACCUGCUUUCGGCAGUCAAUCAAGACCAGACUGGCAGCAAUCUUCCUUCGAACCAACACAGAGUACCUCUUUUUUCGAAACGCCCUUUGCACCGCCUCCUGGGGAGAAGCCAAAAAGUGUCGAAGACGAAAAGGAUUUUGUGCUAAUAUCGCGAGAAGAAGAACGUCUUGAAGCUCUUGAGGAGUCGACACAAAGAUUCUAUAAAGACGCCAAGCAUCUCAUGGAACACGUGCGACAACCAGAUCAUGGUUUAGAUCAAGGUGAUAAUGAACCCCUUUUGGAGGAGUAUCUGGAUUGUUUGAACCAGGAAGAGGAACUUAAAGACCAGAUCGAACGCCUUGAACGACUGGUUUUGUCCACAUCAAAUCAGGGUGAUGAAUAUUGUGGUUUCAGCCCGUGAAAUUCACCUGUUUUUCUUUACUGAUUCCGCCCAAAUCGAUUCUCGAUAUUGGUUGGCUGAAAAUUAUAUGCGUAUGCUAAAGCGUUCAGUUAGUAAAUGAUGAGCUGUUAAGGUUUUUCGGGCGGAAUAAGCAAAAAAAAACUUUUUCUCUAUUAUAACCUCAUACUGGACAGUGAUGAAUAUUUCGUUAAACAUUUAGUUGAAAAAUUGUGUUGCACUUUUUAAGCUGUAAAUAGUGCUCGGGAUAAGCUUUUAGCUUCUGUGUAAUAAUCUUUGAAUUUUGACUGUAGUUAGAUUUUAAAUAUUUGUUGAA